GCUGCCGCCGCCGACGAAAAUGUCGAUUGUAGCUGUUCUAGCUUCCCCUCCUCACCAUUCUCUCGGUUUCACCAAAAUCGACUUCCGCCGCUCAUCAAACCAACCGUCGCCGCUGCUCAACAUAAACCCAAGGUCCCACGCCACCGCUGUUUCCAGUUAUACUACUCUCUCCCGCCAGGGGAAGAAUCGUUCUGUCUUGGUUUUCUCCGGAAAUGGAGGCAAUGGUCAUAACUCCGGCGGCGGUGGUGGUGGUGGUCACGGAGGAGGUGAUGGCAAGGGAGAAGGAGAUGGAUUUAACAGGAACAAUAAAGAGUCCAUCUUGAUACUAGCAGAGAUCGGCCGGUCGUUAGACAGCAUACCGAAAGAUUUGGCUGCCGCGAUUGAGUCCGGGAGAAUCCCAGGAUCCAUUCUUAUGAAGUACUUGGAGCUUGAGAAAUCGCCGGUUUUUCGGUGGCUGAUGCAGUUUGGAGGGUUUAGGGAGAGGUUAUUGGCUGAUGAUCUCUUCUUUGCGAAACUCGCUAUGGAAUGUGGAGUUGGAAUAUUCACUAAGACAGCAGCAGAAUAUGAAAGGCGAAGAGAAAAUUUCUUCAAUGAGCUCGAAAUUGUUUUUGCUGAUGUGGCUAUGGCUAUUAUCGCAGAUUUUAUGCUUGUGUAUCUUCCUGCACCAACUGUGUCUCUCCGUCCAUCGCUUGCACUAACAGCUGGACCUAUCGCUAAGUUCUUCCAUAGUUGCCCUGAUAAUGCAUUCCAGAUUGCUCUAGCAGGAUCAUCGUACUCUUUUUUGCAAAGGAUCGGUGCUAUAGCUCGUAAUGGAGCAAAACUUUUUGCAGUGGGCACUACGUCGUCUCUGGUUGGGACAAUGGCUAUAAAUGCGUUAAUUAAUGCAAAGAAGGCGGUUAACAAGUCCUCCGAUGAAGAAGUGGAGAAUGUGCCCGUAUUAGCUACUAGCGUUGCCUAUGGAGUUUACAUGGCCAUCUCUAGCAAUCUCCGGUACCAACUAUUAGCGGGGGUGGUAGAACAAAGGAUCUUAGAACCGAUGCUACAUCAGCAUAAGUUGAUACUAAGUGCGAUGUGCUUUGCAGUUCGGACAGGAAACACAUUCACAGGAUCUUUACUGUGGGUGGAUUAUGCUCGUUGGGUAGGAAUUCAGAAGGUUCAUGACGUCGAAAAGGUGGAGUAAUUUGAUCAUAGGAUGCGAAAAGUGUAUAUUUAUUUGUCGAAUAUGGUUUGGGUUACAAUUGUUAUUGAUAGGUAGCAGUGUUUAAGGUUGUUUUCACAGGGUUAAAUCCGAGAGGUGAGGAGUUUUCGGCUUAGAAUGCUAAGCUGGAUUUCUGUCCUCUAUUCCUCUAUGGUUUUAUCACUUUGAACAUCUUUUCCUGAAUUAAUGAUAUCUCGAUUGCGAUUGU